GAUUCCCUACUAUAAGUACAGCAUUAGCGCCUCCCUUUUUCGAUCCUCUUACAGACGCUGCUGCAAAGAAGCUACUCUCUCGUUUGUACCGGAGCUCAUAUCUCUCUCAUUCUUGAACGAAUUUACGAACAAAUCCACGUCCUCAAUCUUCUCCGAUCAGCUAUGCCUCAGGUUGUGCGAAUGGAAGUGGAGGCUAGUUUGAAGCACGUGAACGAAGCGAUGGCGGAGAUCUUUUCUACAGAUUUCGAUCCGGCGGCUGUGCCUCCUGAACCGUUGCCUCCGGUUGUGGUUGUGGAGAGUAACGGCGGGCCUGUGAAGAUUAUUUCUGACUGUGACAGAGAGACUGAGAUUAAAAGAGAGAUUGUGCUCGGGAAGAACGUGCAUACCACGUGCUUGGCUGUCACAGAGCCUGAAGCUAACGACGAUUUCACUGGCGAUAAAGAGGCUUACAUGGCAGGCGUCUUGGCUCGCUACAGGAAGACCUUAGUCGAACGGACUAAGCACCAUUUAGGUUAUCCUUAUAAUCUUGACUUCGAUUAUGGUGCCCUUGCUCAGUUGCAGCAUUUCUCCAUCAACAAUCUUGGGGAUCCAUUUAUAGAGAGCAACUAUGGUGUCCAUUCAAGACAGUUUGAAGUUGGUGUUUUGGAUUGGUUUGCUCGUCUGUGGGAAAUAGAGAAAGAUGAAUACUGGGGAUACAUUACGAAUUGUGGUACAGAAGGCAAUCUUCAUGGCAUUUUAGUUGGGAGGGAGGUGUUUCCUGAUGGGAUUCUGUAUGCAUCGAAAGAGUCACAUUAUUCUGUCUUUAAAGCUGCGCGUAUGUAUAGAAUGGAAUGUAUAAAGGUUGACACUCUGAUGUCUGGUGAAAUUGAUUGUACUGAUUUCAGAGUUAAACUACUUGCACACAAGGACAAACCAGCUAUCAUCAAUGUUAAUAUAGGAACAACUGUCAAAGGAGCUGUUGAUGACCUUGAUCUUGUGAUACAAACACUUGAAGAAACUGGAUUUAAGCAUGAUCGCUUUUAUAUUCAUUGUGAUGGAGCUCUAUUUGGACUCAUGAUGCCCUUUGUUAGACGCGCACCGAAAGUUACUUUCAAGAAACCCAUCGGAAGUGUGUCUGUCUCUGGACACAAGUUUGUUGGAUGCCCAAUGCCUUGUGGUGUUCAGAUAACAAGGAUGGAGCACAUAAAUGCUCUCUCGCGGAAUGUUGAGUACCUUGCUUCAAGGGAUGCCACAAUCAUGGGAAGCCGAAAUGGCCAUGCUCCUAUCUUCCUCUGGUACACCCUCAAUAGAAAAGGUUACAAAGGAUUCCAGAAAGAAGUCCAAAAGUGUCUUAGAAACGCUCACUACUUGAAGGACUGCCUUCGUGAGGCUGGUAUCAGUGCCAUGCUGAAUGAACUUAGCAGCACAGUCGUGUUUGAGCGUCCCAAAGAUGAAGAGUUUGUUAGAAAGUGGCAGCUUGCUUGCCAAGGUAAUAUUGCUCAUGUUGUGGUUAUGCCCAAUGUCAACAUUGACAAACUGGACCAUUUCUUGAAUGAUUUGGUUGAGCGCCGUUCAACUUGGUAUCAGGAGGGAAAAGCUCAGGCUCCUUGCAUUGCCGCAGACAUAGGGACUGAAAAUUGCAUUUGCGCUCUCCAUAAGUGAUAGAUUAUUGUCACCUAGGAUUAUUUUUCUGUUGUCUUGUUUGUAUCAAAAUUCUUGCUUUUAAUAAAAUCUGGAUUUGAUUUCCCGUA